GAUAAUCAAAUAGUGCUUUGCCGUGACACUCAAAGUGAGUUGUCGUGACGCAAAUAGUUCAAAGUCGUGACCGAAAGGUGAGAUGUUGUUAACGAAAACCUUGAGUGGCCCUCAUGGGCUUCCGUAGAAAUGUGCUAGCCUCCUCCUCACGGAAGUAAAAAAGAAAACGUCUAUCAAAUGUGGAUUUCCUGUGGACUCCUGUCCGCUCGUGGAGCAUGGUUAACGGCGAAGAUAACGAACCGUAUAUGAUAUGAUGAACUGAAAGCGGUUUUAAUACAAAGCGUCCUGUGGUUAAGAAAGAAACACCUUAAAUUAUCAAAUCGAAUUAAGAUAAUUUUUACCCAUUUUAGAACAGUUUUAUUUCAUGCCUCCCACAUUUUUGUUUUUAUGUAGGCCAAUAAAAGACUCUCCUUUUUUGUGUCGACAACUUUAGGGAUAAGAUUUUUUUUUUCGGCCAUACAGCUGUCGUUUUACAACACCACAAUUAAUUGAAUUACAAAUAUUUUCAGAGACCAUUUCUUAUCUUAAAAAAUCUUUCUAUACAAACAAAAUCUUUGUUUAGAAAAUGGUCAGAUAUUUAUUGAAUAUAAAAACGACAGAUCAAUCUUUAAACUGACAUUUGGAUUAUAUUUCCAUCAAUCCUCCUUUCGCCUAUUUGACAGCAAGAUUCUAACAAGAAAACUUUCUUUAAGUUAACCAUCAUUAUUUUUUUGUAAAUAUUAAUGACUUGCAGUACCCCGGUUAUCACAAGCCCCUGAUGGAAACACAGCAUGUUUGCAAAGCUGUCAAGUUGGAGUCCAGGGCUACAGAGUAACACAAUCUUCUUCUUAUGCUGCCAGGGCACCAUAUUUCAAGAAUUCGUUUGAGAUGUUUACAUAGUCUGGCCUUUGGACCAAUUUCGACAUGGCUUCAUAUUUCUCCUCUAAAUGUAAUUUUUCGGUAUACUUGCGUAGACGAGGUAUAAGCCUAUGUUUUGUGCUAAUUGUGAUACUUGCUUUGCUAAAUUUCCUCCUGAUAAAACUUGAGCUACACAGGACCGGGAGUUCUGGUGAUACGACCGACAAACAGAACAAAGCUUGGGAUAUGAUAACAAAAGAACCGCGAGUAAAGAGAGCGUAUAUCGAGCCGAACAAAGCAAAGAAAAUGAAAUCUAAUGGUGUGUAUGGCGGUACAUUAGCUGAAGUGAGACAUAAACCUACGAUGUCAGACAAGCAUAUCCCGUUACAUACAACUCUAAAGAAAAAACACAGUCCAACUAAACUUGAAAACACAAGAAAAAAUACUAAAGGCAUGGAGAAAAAACCGAUAUCAGAUGCUGAAGCAAUAAUUAAUAUCACGCGGCUUUCGUCGGAGGCUUUGCAUAAACUAUCAGAAGAAGAGGAUUUCAAUACAUGUCCAAAGUAUGGAGUGACAAAGAUUGAUUUACCCUACGGCAAAUGUAGACCGCACCAAGCGAGCAAGGAAGCAUGCGCGCUUGCGAAGGAGCUUUACUUUCUAGAGGCAACUCUAACUGCAUGCAAGACUCCCCCUAUGCGAGAUAUCUGCUUUAUUGUCCGGAGUGAAUUUCCUAGAUUUACAGUUCGGUGUUUUCGGGGGCAAUGUCUAGAGGGAAACUCAAAAAGACCUCUUCUUGUACAAUCAGUCGACCCUUUCGAUGGAAAAAUAGUAACUGCUAAGUCUUUUUCUUUCGUUGAAGACAUGGAGCUAGAACUCCCGAGAAUUCUAAAAAAGUGCAUCCAAGACCAAUUCCCCUUUCUAUUUAUAAAAUGCACGCGACAAGAAAACCACAAAGAGCAUGUCACGCAAUUAAUUCCGGUCAGAGCCGAGAUGCUGCUCGGUCAGCGGUCGUCAAAGCCUCGGUCCGCGCAUGCGCUUAAUGUGAAUAUUUUACUUUUAGAUUCUGUCUCUCGCGCUCAUUUUUAUCGUUCUUUACCUAAAACUAUAGCGCUAUUCAAGGAGUGGUCUGAAUCAAAUAAUGCGCCCGCGGAGAUAUUCGACUUUGAGUUGUUUCAAUCUGUGGAGGGGCAUACCGCUGAAAACACGCAUGCGCUGUUCACUGGACGAUUCCUUCCGCCCCACAAGGAGGAGGAGAACCUCCCAGUAGAGAUGGGCUACCUGUUUGGGCGUUUUGCGGGGGCUGGGUACCAGACCAUGUGGCAGGAGGAUCUGUGCUGGGAAGCCCUUUGGGGACUGAUGACUGACUUGGCCGUGUGGGAGUGGGAAGGUCUUCGUGGGGAGAUGAAAAACAACCACAUUCAUGACACAGGCCUGACGCACACCAGCUGUGAGAUGCUUGCUCAGUAUGGAUUAAAUAACCCAUUCAGCGGUCCACCAGGUGAUCAAAUCUGCUACAACGGUCAAUUCCAACACACCUACCUUCUCAACUACACCCUGGAUAAGCUACGUGGCAUCAGCAGAGAUGCGCAUGCGCAAGCGAUGCUUUCUUACAUGAGCCUCAGCGUCGGUCACGACCACGUGGGAAGAAGAAUUCAAACACUGGACCCCGCACUGGUACAGUACGUGACGUCACUCGCGCAUGAGCAGAAGACUAUUACUGUUAUUCUAGCAGACCAUGGGAACACGUACACGGAGUUUGCGUCUACUAUUCUUGAAGGUCGCUUUGAGAUGUUUCACCCGCAUUUAUUCGUGAUUGUUCCUCGAGGUGUGAGUAGGAUUUUAGGUGAAGAGGCAAUGGCGGCCUUACGGGCCAAUCAGAGGAGACUUACCACCAUGAUUGACAUACACCAUGCGCUAAUGGCACUAGCAGGGCCCAUACCUAAAGGUGUCCGUCCUGUCGGGAUAUUUGGACAGAUUCCGGAAAGGACGUGUAACGAUGUUGAAUUGAGGACUCCUAAUUUAUGCGUCUGUGAAGGAUGGGAUAGUCCUACAACAAACGAUACCUCAAAACUUGCCCUGGUCGAAUUUGCAAUUGGGCAGCUCAACAAUAAGAUUGAUAGACAGUUCCUUCACUACAAUACCAAGGAUAACAGAGCGCUUUCUACCUUAACAAAGUCCUGUAGCCGUCUUCAUCCGGUGCGAUUCGAGAACGUUCGAGAGCGCAACUCUCGAUUUGGGUCUCUGAUUACUUCUCUGGAUAUCUACGUCAGACCUUUCGUUGCCAAUGGUGAUCUUGACUUAACUUCCGGACAUGCGCACUUAGACAUUUUUCACGUAGAAGUAGAAUCUACCGAGUCACCUAAUUUGAGCUCUAUGGAUUUGAGGAUUUUGAGUUACGAUAGAGUGACGGAGUUUGGCAAGUUCAAGCAGUGCGCAGACCCAGGCGUCUCUUUAAAGCUCUGUAUAUGCUCCGUAGAACCAAGGCACACAGUCUUUCAAAGUCUUAAAUCGCUAUUAAACAUAAUUCACAGACCUUGGAAAAUAUCAGACAACAAAGUGUCUAUCACGACGGUCGAUAGGCAGGGGUGUGUUUAUUUGAUUAUGCGUAAUUAUACGUUUUCAUUUGCUUUUGAAGUCUUCAACCAGUGCGCAGAUAAAGGAUAUUUAUUACUAGUUACGACUAGGGACUCUAACAUUAAGUUCUCGACGUCUCCUCCCUUUGAGAUCAACGUUGCUCCUGAAAGUGUUACGUUUGCGUUUUCGGCGCGAAAGGACAUCAAUUACUGGGAAAGUAGCUUAGAAACCAGAAUACAAGUCAUCAAGAUAAUCAAUAGACGAAAUGAACCGCUAGCAUAAUAGCCCAAGGUUGAUAUUAUCACAAGUAGAAGACUGAUUUUUUUCCAAGUCUUGAUAAAUAGGUUAUCGCAUACUGGGAUACAAAACCCUUCCAGUCAAUGCUAUUUUUGAUAUUGCGAAAUUACUUUUGUAAUACUGUAUGUGUAAUGUUGCUUUUAGUGAAGAACUGGAUUAUUACAAGCGGGAUGCUAGUGUAUCCUUUAGAUGGUACACCAAAAACUGGUAGCCGACACUGCCAAAGAUUUUUCAGGGUAGCUUUUCUCUAAAGAAGUCUUAUUAAAGACGAAAAUUUUGCAAAAUCGACUGCCUGUUUUUGGUGAUCCAUAUUUAUACUCUGGUUAAAGACUAUCUGGGUAUUUUGAUCUUACCUACGACUUCGUGUCAUAGACAUGCUUGAAGUAAACACCACUGUUUUGAUACAGUA